UACAAACAAUCCCCGGUAGAGCUUCUUUGCGUGCAAGCUUCGAGCCACAACGAUCCUUCGAGCGAACUCGACCCAUCGGCGAUCCGAAUUGAACCCCGAACCCCUCUCGACGUCUACCUAUACGACGCGACCCUUCAUUGCGAUCAUUUACCGCGAAGAUCCUUCACCAUGAACCGACCAGUAGGAGUAGCUCCUCAAUCACUGCGUGGCAUACCGACAGGUUUUGGUGGCCAGCAGCAGCAGCAGCAGCAGCAACAGCCUGGGAGGACAGUAACAAACAGGUUACCAAAUGGCAAGAUAGGCAGUAACGGGUCAGGCUGGGCAUUUGGAGGAGGGGUGCCCAUGGGAGGUGCUGGUCUGCAAAAUCAAGCCCGUCAACUUGGAGGAAAUGUGAGCUUUGCCCAGAGCCUAAGCGGGUCGCAACCGGCAACACCGCUUGACCUUUCCGAAUUUCCCUCCCUCUCCAACAACGCCCAGAUGAACACCAGCGGCCAGUCAAACAUGUGGUCAUCAACAGCAUCGCGAAACCUGGGUGGUGGGCCUGUGCCACGCAACCAGCAGUCAACACCACUCUCAGCACAGAGCGCGCAGGAUGAGUUGUUCACCCCUUCGUCAGCGCGCCAAGGUGCCUUCCGCUUCGGUAACCAGACCAGCGGGGCCCCGACUCCCCAGUCACAGUCCAAUCCGGUAGAUGAUUUCCCGCCUCUGAACCGAAACGCGAACGGUGAGAUUGGUGGCGAGCGUGGUGGCAACUUGAUGCCUUCUCUGGGCUUCGGUAACCAGGCGACCGGCUCGUCCGCAGCGAUACCUCCUCCCCGAAGCGCAGGCGCAGGUAACGGCCUGCUUAAUGCGCUCUCAGCGAACAGUAGACCAGAUGGCCGCUCACCGUCGAUCGCCAGCGCGCAGGACCAACCAAGAACGCAAGACUCAUCUGUUGACAAGAGUGGUGCUCUCCACACAGAGGCAUCUGGCGACAGCAGCUCAUCUCAAGCCGCAGAAAGCCGGAACCCCCUAGGAGCUAUUGGUAACGACUCGGUUACCGGUAAGACGAAGGAUGAGAAGGACGGCCAGUCUCUCGAGGUCCAGGACCCCCUGGCGGGAAUGGCUCCAAUCGACAAGUUCGGCAUGAAAGGUCUGCGCGUUCUCAUGAACAACUACCCCAGCUACGCAGCGCUCAUGCAGGGAAUGGAUCCCAACGAGUUUGGUCUUAAUGUCAAUUCUUCAGAUCUCAUCUCUACGCAGAUUUACUCUCUCUUUGACGACACGCCACCGCGUCCCGCCAUUCCCAACGUCCGUCUACCUGAGUGUUACAAAGUGACCAACGUCCAGCCUAUCGAUACAAAGAUCCCAUCUUUUAACGAAGAGACCCUCUUCUGGAUCUUCUACAGCUGCACGCAGGACAUCAAGCAGCACUUGGCUGCGGUCGAGCUACACAACCGAAACUGGCGGUGGCACAAGAAGUUGCAUAUCUGGCUGACUAAGGAUGAGCUUAUGAUGCCCACCAGUCUUGGCCCUCAUCACGAGCGCGGCUACUACAUCGUCUGGGACACCACCAACUGGCGUAAGGAACGGAGGGAGCUCACGCUGCACUAUGGGGAUCUUGAGACGAACCUGGUACAACCUGCUGCAUAGUUCAAUUACGGUUACGGCGGGGUUUCUUGUCGUGUUGACGAGGGCUUGGAACGGCUUCAUACCUGGGCACUGGGCAUUUCGCCAAACAGGCGUUGAAUUCAUGUUUAUGCAGCAACGUUUUACAGGCUUCCGGAUUGAAGCUGGACUAAGCAUAUGGCACAAGCUGCCUAACACCGCUUUGUGUGUAUGAAUGAAUCACUGAUUAAUGGGGAUAACCUACGGCCGUCGACGAAGGGAAAUAAAAAGGACGAUGCCGAUGAUUCGAAGAGAAAAAAAAAACCCGAUUUUCGUGUGCUCCGUUUUGCAAACAGGUAUUGUGGGAUAGUACGUAGUUGGUCACCUCCAACGUUUGUUGUGAAUCCCGAGCUGUGGUGUUUUCGGGCCGGGGAGUGGGUCGCCAAUGACGGCCCCGUGCGCCCCUUCCUGUCGCG